AUGGGCACCACAUGUGUGUGUGUGUCCGUGUAUGUGUUAUUGGUGGGGAGGAGGGGCUGCUGUCUGCGACAACGGAAACGUACACGCGCCGCCUUCACUACAGUCAUCAUCUCAUUCUUUUUGUGGUGCACUGCCAUUCCUCGCACUUUCCGUUUCUCUUUCACAUCUGCAGGACAGAGCUGCAAGGAAGAGGAUUGCCCCAUGUCCUCAUACCAGGUUCCGCGGCCCAGUGACGGUGCUCUGCGCACUGCUUUGAAGGCCGUGCUGACAACAUCGCAGCCACCACCGCUGGUGGCUCACCCACCUGCAAGGAACGUGGCCUGGCGCCCCCGACGCAUCGUUGAGGAGCUCAAAGCGCUGAGAUGUGUCGAGGCGCUCUCAUCCUUUGAAGUGGAGCUCCGAGGCCUAGUGGGCAUGCAAGAAACACGGUAUCGCACGAAGGUUGUCAACCGUGCAUACAGGGACGAAUGCGCCUUGCGCGAAGUGGAGCACCUUCUGGCAGCUGAAACUGCUGAGCGCCGCGAUGCGACGGAAACCUUCUUUGCCAUCGUGCAGGCUCCGUUCGAGGUACUUCAUCUGCGCUUGCAGGAGGAGCUCACGCGGCGAUCUCUGCGCUGCGAGGAGCGUUCCAUCUGGCGCGCGAUGCAGCUACGUGCUUCCUGUUCAUGCCUCGCCCUCACCGAGGCAGACAACCGCGCUGCACUUGGCGCGUUGGAAGAGUGCGCCCGUGAGGAGCUCAAGAACCGUCGACUUAUCGAACUGGGCAAUAACCUGCAGCGUGAAAUUAUUGCUCAGAGACGCCUUGCUGUUCACUUGCGGUGCGUCGAUCACUCGAAAGGGGCGAAACGUGCGCGUCAGCGGUUGGAUUGGCAAGAGGAGAUGGACCGGGCUACCGUGGAGCGACUGUAUUCGCUACACCUCAUCCUGCUGCUGCAAGGCGUGCAGGUGGAUUUCACGGCGGCGGUCAAAAGAGAUGUCAUCCGGCUUUCCGAGGCAAGCGGCGCGAUGGCACAGCAGGUGCACGUCGCAGACUGCGAAGACUGCGUGCUCGCCUGCCUUGAUCAGGAACAGCGGCUUCGGCUUACGUUAGAGGAGCAGGAGCACACCGGCUUCAAGGCCGUGACGCAGGCGUUUCUCCUCGGCUGGCGGGGAGUCUACAAGCAGAUAACAAAGGACUCUGACGUUACAAGCGUCUUUGGCAAGAUUGAGCUUCUCGUUCGGCGCGACAUUGUGGACCAGCGGAGGUUGGAGCUCAACACCCUGCUACUCGCGUGUCAGGCGCAUACGUGCGUGCUGAAACGGCACCAGGUCGAGCGUCGGACCUUGUGUCAAAAGUACAUCGACGGCGCUCGCGUCAUCAGUACUGAGGAGAACAGGGAGGCAAAUCAGCUCUUCUGUGAUCACCACGUGUGGCAGUGCCAGCAAGCGGCCCUACAGCGGGCCACCGUGCUGGCCGUUGAAGAGCUGGCCUCCAGCCGCGCCAUCCGCGGCGCAGAGGCACAGGCGCGCCUGGCGUGCAAGCUACAGUACCUUGCAGAGAAGCUUCAGAUUCAAUGCGAAGAAGGACGGCGGCGUGUUGCUGAGGAGGAGGAGCACUGCCUCAGUGCGCUCCGUGAGCAUUACGUGCAUGUCUUCUUCAUUCAAGGCGCGGGAAGACUCUUCGUCAGCGAGCGGGCUGGGCGCAUGCUCAUCGAGCUUGAGGAGUCGGCCGCGGCUGUCGACACGCUUCUGCCGCUGCGGCAAGCGCUGGCACAUUCUCUAGUCUCGGACGCGUGUCGCCCUCUGUGGGAGUUGGAGGAUGAAUUCCGCGCACGCGUGGCGGUCGAGGAGGAGCGCGAGUGUUGCGGCCUCGUGCGCCAGCACGUCGUACUCUCAGAGGCGACGCAUCGGAUCGGACUCUUCGAGCUCGAACACAGCUUUUGGAUUCGCCCUAUCACUGCGCAGGUGUCCGCCAUGGAGGCCGACGCGCGUGGACGCCUCUGCCGCUCCGCGGAGGCAGAAAUGUUACUGGUGCGGCAAUGCGUUCUGGAGGACCGGGAGUGGGAGCUUAGAAAGAGUAUCCGUAAAUGCGAGGUGCUCGUGCGGGAAAGCCUUGCGUUCACCGACAGGUCGCCUGCGCGGCCGUCGUUGUUGCGCCUGACCGAUGCGACGGACAUGUGGGGGGCUUUGGAAGCAGACUGGGGCGAUGCUGCCUCCGACGUGGCGACGUGGACCGCAAACUGGCCGCUAGACGAGCGACCCUCGCUCACGUGCUACUCGACUCUCCGCUGCGAGGAUGUUUUGGUAGAAGCGUACUUGGAGCGCGAUUUGAUCCACUUCAUGGAGCACCGCGAGUGGUUGCAGGUUUUGCACGAAGCAAAUACGUCGAACUCCGCAGCGAAGCGCUCUUUCUUCGAUCUAACUUCCUGGAAGCUGCACAGCUUGUCGAUGCGGCUGGAGCCGCAGCAGCGCGCCGCUUCCAUCAACGUGUGGCACUCGAACCAGUCUUUCGACGUCAGCUUUCCGCUCACGCAGCAGCCCGAGGAAGCGAUCGUUGGGGAACGCACAAUAUCUUUCUACGCACCGGAUGCAGGAACGACGGCGACGCUGAUGCAGCGCGACACAGACGCUGGUAUGGUCUUCUUUCUGAUUCUCGACGACGAGGGAACGGUGCUGGCGUGUGCAACGAUGGUGGUCGAGGUUGUGCCCAAGUGCUCUGCGCACCUGUGCAUUCCCCUUGACAGCAAUCGGGGAUUCGUCCGCCUUGUUUGA